AUGUCAACAACAGUUGGUUUGAAGAAACGCCUAAUUAAACAGCACAACGGGCUCUUAACCUGCUUCGAGGAGCCAUUUUUUGGUCUCAUCUCUAAACUCUACAUUCUUUGUCAAUUAUUUGCUGCAGCACCGAUAUUGGAUACUCCACACCGUAACCGUCGUGCAUUACGUUGCGUACAUUACGUUUGGUGUUCCAUUGUCUUACUUUACAUUUCUGUGGUGAAUUUUCACUUUAUAAAUCGGAUACAUGAACCAUUGGUUACCAUCGUUAAAAUAUUUUUCUCAACUGAACUCAUUAACAAUCCAUUAAUCGUUGCCUCAAUCGUAUUGAGUAUGUAUUAUAACAGCGAAGAAUACCGUAACAUACCAUAUGAGCUGCUCCGAAUAUUUAAGGUCUACAGAAACUUGCAACCGAAGCUAAGCACUAGAAGCGCAAUUUUUCGUGUGCUCCAUAAGGAACUGCUGAUAAUGGUGGGUGCUGUAAGCAGUGUUAUAUUAUUUUGCUUCCUAGUGGAUUACCUACGCUCGGAACCGUUUUUAAUUGAAUACAUACUCAUUGCAAGCGUAUUCAGUUUACCUAAUAUACUCAUCACUUUCAAUAUCACGCAAUUUUGGUUGGCACUUCGUGUUGUAUACCAACUCUAUCGGGGUUUCAAUGAGAUUAUAGAGCAACGCCUAAAACGUUUUAGUUUUAUAAAUACAGAAACAUGUGAGCUAAACAGUAAAGAGGUCUAUUAUGUCUAUACCACUGAGAUCUUAUGGUAUCAGCGUGAAUUUCUAAGCUUACGCAAGGAAGCAGUAAACGGUUAUGAAAUUUUAGAUACGAUACGUAGUAUAUACUUCGAUUUGGACACCAUAAUGACACGAUUGACUAAAGUAUUUGGAAUUACGAUGUUGCUGAAUUUUUUCGGCUCAUUGCUGAGUCUUUCCGUCCAAUCCUUUGCUGUGUUUAAGUUUUUUGAUACGGAAAAUUUUUUGGGAGAUAUUUUAGUAGAGGUACAGAAUCGAGUGCUGUGGUUUUUCAUACAUCUUGCGCGCAUACUGCUGAUUUUAGUAACUAAUAAUGCCAUCAUAGAAGAGAAGUGUCGUACGUCAUUUGUACUAAAUCAACUACAUAUAACCUCGAAAGAAAUGGAACGUGCAAUCAAUCGCUUUUUACUGAAGCUAAUGGUUCAUCAGUCUCCGGCGCUACUCUGUGGAAUUGUGGAACUUGAUUUAUUGGUGCUUUGUGGUAUUGUUGGCGCUGUGACCAACUACUUCAUAUUUCUCGUACAAAUUGAUUUGGGCACUACAACAAUAUCGGAUCUCAAUAUCACAGAUACACCAAAAAACAGUAUAUAAAUCAUAAUAUUUAAUGCAAAUAAAAAAAUAAUAUAUAUAAUAUAUUUUAUGCUCUUGUAUAUAAAAUGUAUAUAGUAUCUAAGUAUAACAUUAAAAAUAAUGCCU